AUGGGGAAUCAGACAAUUCUGAAUGAAUUCUUCCUCUCUGGACUGUCCGAUAUUCCGGCUCUUCAGCUCCCUCUCUUCCUCUUCUUCCUUCUCAUCUACCUUCUGACAUUACUCUGGAAUUUGCCAAUCAUCUCCCUCAUAGUCAGUGACUCUCACCUCCAUACCCCUAUGUAUUUCUUUCUUGGGAAUCUGGCCAGCUUGGACCUCUGCUGUUCCUCAGUCAUCAUCCCACGAAUGUUAUUUGACCUUCUCACCCAGAGAAGAAAGAUUACCAUGACGGCGUGUAUAACCCAAAUGUUUUUCUUUAUGUUAUUUGGCAUGUCUGAGAUAUUUCUGUUGGCUGUCAUGUCCUAUGAUCGAUACAUUGCUGUGUGCCAGCCAUUGCAUUAUGUUCAGGUGAUGAGUUGGAAAGUUUGUGUUUACUUGGCAUCUGGUUCCUGGUUCCUCGGGUUCACACAUUCUUUAAUUCACACACUGUGUGCCUUGAAAUUAACAUUCUGUGGAUCAGAUAUUAUAGAAAGUUUCUUCUGUGAUCUCCCUCAGUUGUUUCGGAUCUCCUGCAGUGACAUCUACAUCAACAUUCUGCUCACCUUUCUCCUGGGUGGCGUCUUUGCAGGUGGGUCUCUAAUGUUGACCUUCCUGCCCUAUGUCUCUAUAUUUAAAACUGUCCUAAAAAUGCAAGUUAAGGGCAACAUGAGCAAAGUUUACUCUACAUGUACCUCUCACCUGACAGUGGUCUUCAUAUUUUAUGGCUCCAUUGUGUUUAAUUAUUUCCUUCCAAACCCAAGUCAUUAUGGUGGUGACAAAGUGGUGUCUGUCUUUUACACGGUCAUUCUUCCUCUUCUCAAUCCCCUGAUAUACAGUCUGAGGAACCAGGAUUUAAAAUCAGCAUUCAACGAUUUUGUGAAGACGAUAAUUCCCGACAUAAUAUAG